AUGGUAGGAGCGCCGCCACCGAGCGGUGCCAAGCUGCUGGAGAUCCUGAACGUGCGGGUCGUGGGCAGCGGCGAGCGGGUGGUGGUGCUGUCGCACGGCUUCGGCACGGACCAGUCGGCGUGGAGCCGGGUGCUGCCGUACCUCACCCGCGACCACCGCGUGGUGCUCUACGACCUGGUCUGCGCCGGCAGCGUCAACCCGGACCACUUCGACUUCCGCCGCUACAACAACGGCCUGGACGCCUACGUGGACGACCUGCUCUCCAUCCUGGACGCGCUCAGCAUCACGCGCUGCGCCCUGGUGGGCCACUCCGUCUCCGCCAUGAUCGCCAUCCUCGCCUCCAUCCGCCGCCCCGAGCUCUUCGCCAGGCUCGUCCUCAUCGGCUGCUCGCCCUGCUUCCUCAACGAUGGCGACUACCACGGCGGGUUCGACGCGCAGGAGGUCCAGGAGGUGUUCGACGCGAUGACGGCCAACUACUCGGCGUGGGCGACGGGGUACGCGCCGCUGGCGGUGGGCGCCGACGUGCCCGAGGCCGUGCAAGAGUUCAGCCGCACGCUCUUCAACAUACGGCCCGACAUCUCCCUGCACGUCUGCCAGAGCGUGUUCAGGACCGACCUCCGCGGCGUGCUGGGCAUGGUGAAGGCGCCCUGCGUCGUCGUGCAGACCGCCCGCGACAUCUCUAUCCCGGCCAUCGUCGCCGCCUACCUCAAGGCCCACCUCGGCGGCCAUACCACCGUCGAGCUACUGCCCACGGAGGGCCACCUGCCUCACCUCAGCGCCCCCAGCCUCCUCGUCCCGGUGCUUCGUCGCAGUCCUACAAACAUGGUGGCAGGAACUUGCAUCGAUCAAUAG